AUGCCCGGGAGGGAGGGGGACCGGGACCCGACUACGGGCGGUUACGACGCCAACGUGGAAACCUUGGCGUUGACAGAGUCCGGCGGGUCGUACGAAGCGUUCAUCGACUUCGACGAAAACAGUCAGUCCGAGAGGGGGUUGCCCACUGGCUCGCUCCGUGCGGGCAGCUCGAACAACUGGUCCUUCAACAGCAGGCGCAGCAGGCGAACCGGCCUGGUCGGUGUCCAGAGCUAUCACUUCUCGUCGUCGUAUAUUGGGAGGGCCAUAUCGGCUCCGGGGCAAGGGCAAACCGGUCCAUCGAUACUUUACGGAGGAGGCGGAACAGGGAGCGAGGGCAACGUCGGGGGGGGCGCCGGACGGGGAGUGGUGCUGGAGGAUAUGGCCAGGGGCCGGGCCAACGUGUCCAUCCGGUUCUACCCCGACGCUGACGCUGAAACUAACGACGGCGGUGACCAACAGCCUGCGGCAGUGACGACUUCCGAUGGUUCAGCGGACGGGUAUCGCUUCAUCCCCCUUUCCCCCGAUGCCUUGACCUUCUUCACCAAGGGCAGUACGGACCGAGCCGAGCGGAACCAGGAGAUCCACGAUGCAACCGCGGCAAUGCUCGAGGCUGCGGUGCCCAACGUGGUGGAAAAGCUGACAAGCCUCCCCCAAGAUGUCCAGAAAACACUCCAUCUCGAUGUGGAGCUUCACAGGCACGGCGUGAAUGUCCGACACCUCGGGAGAGUGCGCUAUCUGCUGAUGGAGCAGAACAAGCCCGAGAACGAGUUGCUGAAGGACAUGAUGCUGACGGAGAUGAUCGCGCGCACGCUGAAAAACAUCCUUAGAUGUUUUCAGCGAACGUGGAUGAAGGCAGAGCGGUCCACGAGCGAGCAGGGCAUGCGCAUGCUUGUGGUGAGGUUCCUAAACCUGGUGACCGGAGCCCACGUCAACUCCGCCACGUUCUGGAAGAAAAAUGUGUUAACCGGGGUGCUGCAGAGGUUCGGGCUCGUGUCCCUCACGACGUCGGAGAGGAGAGACGUCCAGAAGAUCAGCCGGAACCCGUGCGUCCUCCAGGACUGCGUCUUCAAGCUGACGGAGAUGCAGGGAGUGGAGCUAACGGAAGACGCCAAGGCCCACUUUUACGCCGAUUCCCCGGUUGGCUUCGAGUUCAUGGUCUCAGACAUCCACGAGAUCAAACCCAUCGUCAGAUACAUGCACAUCCUGGACUACGGCGGGGGCGUGAUGCUGUCGAUGCAGGCACAAAGGCUGAAGGAAGAGGGGGAACGGAACGCGCGCACAGUGGAACGCCUUCAAGGCAUGGCCAACAAGUUCUUCAUCACGGCCUACAGAUCCCUCCCGGAUGAUAUUGCCACGCGGGCGGCCAUCCUCUCGUACCAUAAGUCCGUCGCUCUGUUCCCCAGCGCACCGGGCGACCAGUCGGUGCACUCCUCCAGCGGCGGCGGAAGCGGCGGCGGAAGCGGCGGCGGAAGCGGCGGCGGAGGCGGCGGCGAGAGCGUGUACGACCUCAGGGCCGACCCGACCUUGGAGAACGGCGCUCGCUACAGUUGCGUCAUGAGGAGCCUGACGCAAAUGACGUCAUGUUUCACGGCAUGGCGGCAAACUCCCAAGGAGGUACUGAAUCCGACGCGAAACGCGGUAGGCCCGGGCAGGUUCACCUCCAUUGGCGGGGUAAGCGACGCCACCGCGCAUUGCUCCGACGAAGAGGAAAGCGUAAGCAACAACGAGCUAGGACCACCCCCAACGCACCAUCCUGGACAGUUAAUGUUCGGUCAAGCUCCGGGACACCCGCCAUAAGGGAAAUGGGCGCGUGAUAAAUAGCACUCUCUUCUUUUAUUUUUAUUUUUGCUACCAUAUUGCCCACUUUGUUCCAAAGCACGCACAUGCAUCAUUGGUUGCUUUCAGCACCAACCGUUUUUUUCUUGCCUGUCGGGGACGCGUUGAUUCCGAACGCAUCACUCUGUGCGCUUCGCGCAUAGUGCAAGAAUGCCAGCAUGGGCUCUCUUUGACAGGGUGGUUUAAGGCACAUGACCUUUUUUUUUUGUUAGGGCGAGCGUUCCUGCUCACGUUCUAAAGGCCCGCGUGGUACGUGUUAAACAUCUUGUUUUUUUGUUUUUUUGUACUUUCUUCGUGGAAAUCGUGGUGAUCUCCGCAGGCGGUACCCAGCGUAGAAUGAGUCUCUUGGUUUUCGCGUACUCUUUUGCGGUCGGAUAAUGUAGAAAGGUUGGUGGUGCUCCUUUUUUGCGAUGACAGCAAGCGUUGGAUGCAUGCCAUCGCUUGGCGCCUCGUUUGUUGCCAUGGUUGCGGUGAUAGCAAGCAGUGGGUGCAUGUCACCGAACCGCUUGCCGCUUGGUCGGAAGAGGUAGUGUAGAUCAUUACACAGAAGGUCUAGCAUCUGGCCGCCUUUUGUGCCUCGUCUAUGCGUACUAGCUGGGCCCGGUAGGGAGUGCUGUUUUUGGUUUUGUUGACGCUCUACUCGAGCCGGCCUGCUUGUGAUAGCCUUCGCAGUUGACGCUUCACAGUUAUUGAGAACCGGUCGGUUUUGGCUCACAGCUAUGGAGAUAUUAAAAGGUUGGGGUAUUGCGGUGUCCGUGGGCCCCUAGUAGGGCAUCAGGCACGUUGGCCUUGCCGCAGCAGCACUACAAUUCACAGAGGUGUCGCUUGGGCGUUCUCUGUCUUCGUUAAGGCGAUGGUGCCGUGCAUAGGGUUUCAGUUCCUUUCGUUGUUUCAUUUAGCGUUACAGCUACGAUGCUGUUUCAACCGUUUCAUGGUGUGUGGCGGUGGCACGGUCUCGCGACGAUAUGCACUGCCGUCGGUUUUCCCAGCAGGCUGUGCCUCUUGUAUUGCCGUGUUUAGUAUCUCGGUCGAUGUGUAUCUUUUGUUCAUGGUUUAGACUUGAUCAUUUUCCCUCAUCCAGGUGGGUUGUCUGUUAAUGCUUGAAGAGUAUCCGCGUACAUUACUGUAUAGGGUUCAAUUUUUGGUGCUCUUUGUUGCAUCUCUGUUUUUUCAUCGAUUGUCGUUUUACGAUUUGUUUGAUCUUUCUACAUACAAACGGAGUCGUCCCUUGGUUAUUUAGUUACAGGUACAAUGUAUAUCGUUGGCACUUGUGUUCGCUCUUUUGAAUCGACACCGUUUCUUGGCGAUGGCCGGUAGGUACUGCACUGUUUGUAUAUUUUUUCUGCCCUGGCACGCAAGAACAACUUCGCCACCAGUUUCAGCGACACUGGAAGGGUAAGGGUUACCGUACUGUGUAUGUGUGGUGCCUUUCAUGGGAUGGUUCAUGUGUUUGAGAAUCUUUGUCCGGAGCACGAACGAGAGGCUCGUAAAAGAAAUCAUGUUUGAUUUUUGAUGUCAUCAACUUGAUUAUUCUUGCUGCAGAGUAAGAAAACUGAUAAGCAUCUCGACCAGUUUCGUCGGCGUUGCCUGUCUGAAGCUUUCCUUGCUUUUUUUUGACGGGAAGCCGCAAGUGCUUACUACGGUAACACUCUCGAGCACGAGACACAGC